GGACGGUUCUUCAGAAACAGCUCGUCAACCACCUCGGUAGCUUGCUAGCCAACAUAGCCGAAAGAUUCAAGCUAUUUAUACGCUUUCGGUGUAUAUUAGCUACUGUGUUUUAGACACACUUCUGUCGUAUCUACUUAUUAACCUAUUUAAUUUAAUAUUACGUUAUUUUGUAUUAGUCAGGUAUAGUAGUUGGCUGGUUAAGUUAGCACUAGCCUAGUCGCUAAUGAUAGCUAGCUACCUAACAUCCCCGAACAUGAGCUCCCUAAACUACUCUCCUCCUGUUAAAGAAGAGGAGGUCUGCUGGACGGAGAAAGAAGCUCUGGGGCUGAACAUUGUCAUGAAAGAGGAGAAGGAAGAGGAGGAUGUUACAGUUAAACAAGAAGUAGAGGGUGAUGCUGUUACAGAGAAAGAGGAAGACGCGUUCAGAGUGAAAGAGGAGGAAGAGAAAGACGAGGAUGCAGUUUUUGGAGUGAAGAAGGAAGAGGAGAUUACUGUCACAUUGAAAGAUGAAGAGGUGGAGAUAGGAGAUCUGAUUAAAACCAGAGAGAGACGGGACUAUUGUGGAUCCUCUGGGGAGCCUCAACAACAUCACGAUGCAGAGCAGAGUCUCUCCACAUCAAAACAUCUCAAGAAACACUUGCAGAGAUCCACAGGGAAGAAAUCUCACUGCUGCUCUGACUGUGGGAAGAGUUACUCAAGAUCAGAUUCACUUAAACUACACCAGAGAAUUCACACAGGUGAUAAAUCUCACUGCUGCUCUGAUUGUGGGAAAUGUUGCAAAUCUUCAUCAGAACUUAAAAUACAUCUGAGAAAUCACACAGGAGAGAAACCUUACUGCUGCUCUGACUGUGGGAAAAGUUUCUCAAGAUCAGAUUCACUAAAACUGCACCAGAGAAUUCACACAGGCGAUAAAUCUCAUUGCUGCUCUGUUUGUGGGAAAUGUUGCAAAUCUUCAUCAGAACUUAUUAUACACCUGAGAAAUCACACAGGAGAGAAACCUUACUGCUGCUCUGACUGCGGGAAAUGUUUCUCAAGAUCAGAUUCACUAAAAGUUCACCUGAGAAUACACACUGGAGGGAAAUCUCACUGCUGCUCUGAAUGUGGGAAGAGAUUCAACUCUUCAGUAGACCUUAAAAUGCAUCAAAGAAUUCACACAGGAGAGAAACCUUUUGGCUGUGAUCACUGUGGGAAUAGUUUUACUCAGCAAAGCAACCUAAAAUCACACCAGAGAAUACACACAGGAGAGAAACCGUAUGGCUGUGAUCAAUGUGGAAAGCAUUUUUCUCAGCAAAGCAACCUGAAAUCACACCAGAGAAUACACACUGGGGAGAAACCUUAUGGCUGUGAUCAAUGUGGGAAGAGUUUUACUUUGUCAAGCUGCCUGAUAGUGCACCAGAGAACACACACUGGAGAGAAACCUUUUAGCUGUGACCAAUGUGGGAAAUGUUUUGUUACAUCUGGCAAUCUGAUUGUACACCAGAGAACACACACAGGAGAGAAACCUUAUAGCUGUAAUCAAUGUGGGAAGAGUUUUACUCAGUCAAGCAGCCUAAUAGUACAUGAGAGAACACACACACAGUAGAGAAGCUUCACCACUGUUCAGAUUGUGGGAAAAGCUUUUCAACAUCAAACACUUUGAAGCUGCACCAGAGAACACACACAGGAGAAAAAUCUCUUAGCUGUAAUCGAUAUGUGAAUGGUGUUACUUGGCUAAACAGCCUGG